AUGUCGUCUCCAGCUCCCGGUGAGGUUAUGGGCAUUACCAAUAUGCUGAACCAAAAGGGCGGCAUUCAAGCAGCGACGCACUCAAUUCCAGGUGUUCAGGGAUCCACUCCAGAACAACCUGCUCACCAGCAACUCCCCCAGAUUCCGAUGGAUCGCGCCGACUCGCCUCACGGAUCCGAGCAUUCGAGGUACUCGCAGCCUACCAUGAACGGCAGCAUACAAAACGGACGGCCGUACGGCUCUCCGAGUGCAAUGCACGCCCCUCUCCACAUGCCCGAGCCCAACAUGGGCCCCAUUGGAUUUCCUGGCAUGGCCCCCGAUAUUGCCCACGCCAUGCCUCAAUACGCGAAGCCUCCGGAGGCGGUAGCGGCGCAGCCACCACCCAAGGCGUACCCAUGCAGCACUUGUGGGAAGGGAUUCGCAAGACGCAGUGAUCUUGCCCGUCACGAGCGCAUCCACACUGGAGUGCGGCCACAUGUCUGCGAUUACCCAAACUGCGGCAAGCAGUUUAUCCAGCGUUCCGCUCUUACAGUUCAUCAGCGAGUACACACUGGAGAGAAGCCACACAUGUGUGAACGUUGCGGCAAGCCCUUCAGCGACUCUAGCUCUUUGGCUAGGCAUCGUCGGAUCCACUCGGGUAAGAGACCGUAUAAGUGUCCAUAUGCUGAUUGUCAGAAGACAUUCACGAGACGCACGACACUCACUCGCCACCAAAAUCACCACACUGGCACGGUCGAGGACGCUGCUCGCGCCACUGCGGAGGCUCUGGCCAGAAACAGCGUGGCCCGCUCAGGCUCCGCACGUCCUGCGCGGUCUGACGGUGACCAGGUCAGCAACCACGGGUCACCCAUCUCUACGCCGUCUCCUGCACAGAGGACUAUGUCGAUGUCGCCCAGUGCUGAGAUGGUGGGUGCCAACGGAAUGCAACACGGAUAUGUGGGAAAUACCUCCCUGCCCGCCCACCUGCGCAGCGACCUGCACACUGGUAGCCCCACCUCAACGACGUCGGCAGGUUUCGCCAACAACGUCCGGCCGACCUCUCACCCCACGGCCUACGGAGCAGCGCCUCCAACGACAUUGGAACCGAGCAUCGAGAACGGACAAGGGCCUGGCAGCGCUGCUGGAAGCCCCCACAUGAGCAGUGUUGGAUGGGCUUCUCCUUCGCAUGGAGUGGCGUCACCUGUUCACAGUAACAACGGCAACGGCAGCUACGUCUACCCAGACCCUGACCAGGGGUAUCCCAACAACGCGGCUGCACAAGGGCAGUUGUUCUACAGCGCUGCUAUGGGCUUGCAGAGGCCGGGAAGCGCUGAGCCUGGUGCGGCGACCUAUAACAAGCCACGUCAAGGUGAACUCUGGGCUGCCUAA